AUGUUGUUCUUGUUGGGUUGUGAAGUCAAAAUUUUCAUUAACCUUAUUGCGGCUAUAGAGACAAAGCAAAUGGCUCCUGACCCAUAUGCUAUUUUGGAGUCGAAACCAGAUACUUCGCAGGAGAAGGAACUAGCACAACACUCACCCACAGUCCUAAUCCAACCAUCUCUGAUAUAUCAAAACAUUUGGCGCCAUCCGGACGUAUCUCCAAAACAAUACAUCCAUGAAGCACAAACAAAGAGAAAAAUGCCAGGCAAAAUUUCGGCAACAUUAAGAGCAGCGGAGAAAAGUCCAGUAUGUCCAAUGCAGCCACUAGAUGGAGGGCAGGUUUGCAUCCAAGAAGAAAACACUUCAAAUUUCACACCUGUAUCACAGGCAUCAUCCAGCUCUACAGCUGAAACAGUGGCAACCUACAUAGCCAGUCUUUGA